AUUGAAGAUGGAAAAGUCAAGCAAGCAGAGUUUUCUAAACCGAUGCGAAAAUUGUAUAUUGUGGUGUGAAUAUUCUUGUUGUGUACUAUUGCCAGAAGCAAGUUUGUUCUUUGACUUUGUCAGUUUUCGAAUAAUUGCGGGCUUGGUGUUAAUCGAGAAAGCACUGGGUGGGAGAAUCCGUGUAACCGCCAUUGCCGUUCGCCCUUGCAGAAGCGAGAGUGCAACAGUUGAGUAACCUCACUCUCAUGGGUCAACCGUCUGUCAACGUUGAGUGUCAAACACAACGAUAAUCAAUGUUUGUGUUUAACUCACCGAAAUCGCUUUCGUAUCAGAGACACGUUGAGUGAUGAACAACGUGCACAUGCUUGAUUUAUUUUGUGUUUAUUAAUUGUGUUUUUCAUAAUAUGAACGCCCUAGGUCUAAGUAUGAUUUUUAAAAUGGGCUGCUUAUGCUCUAGAGAUGAUAUCACGAUCAACAACAGCAAGUAUUAUAUUUUAGAAGAACUUGGACAAGGUGGCUUUAGCACUGUUCUGUUGGUCGAGCAUUCCAGGACGAGAAAACGGUUUGCAGUUAAAAAAAUAGUUUGUCAUGGUCGUGACGAUCAGCGAGAUGCAGUGCAAGAAAUUGAAUAUCAUAAGAUGCUGAAUCACCCAAACAUAAUCCCGUGCCUUGAAUCAUGCGUGAUCGGUUGUGCCCAUCCUAUUCAAAACACUACUAGUCAAGUUUUACUCCUUUUACCAUAUUACUCUAGAGGGACGUUGGCAUAUUACAUUGAUUGUAAACGUAAGACAAAACAGUAUUUACCAGAAGAAGAAAUACUGAGGAUUUUCUUGCAAAUAUGCGAUGGAGUAAAAGCUUUCCAUGAUAACAAACCUAUUGCAUUGGCCCACCGGGAUAUAAAACCUGCUAACAUUUUAUUGGAUGCUGAUAACACUCCUGUGAUAAUGGAUCUUGGUUCAGUAGCUCCAGCAUGUGUUAAAGUUUGUGGCAGCACAGAGGCGCAAAGGCUACAGGAUACAGCCAGUGAAAGGUGUUCAAUGCCGUACCGGGCGCCGGAGUUGUUCAAUGUAGAAAGUUAUUGCAUGAUAGAUCAAAGGACUGAUAUAUGGUCACUCGGCUGUUUAUUUUAUGCUAUGUGCUAUUUUAAAUCGCCUUAUGAUGCUGUAUAUGAAAGAGGAGAUUCGGUUGCUCUGGCAGUAAUAAAUGGAACAAUUGAUUUCCCUACGAUUUCUCCAUUUAGCCAAGAUAUGCACGAUUUAAUAAGAAUGAUGCUGAAAGUUUCACCGAUGGAGAGACCGUACAUUUAUACUGUUAUUGAAAGGACGCAAGAACUUUUGCAGAAACAUAAAAUAGUUGCAUAACUGACCAAAAGUUUUAAACAGAUAUAUUUUAAAAUGUAAAUACGAAAAUAAAAAGUUUUAUUACAAGUAAUUUUUUAAAUUAAAUGUUGUUUAAUUUUAUAAUUCAGUGCAG